AUGACGAUUGUGUUCUCCAGGCAGCUCUCGGUACAGCCCCUCGGCGUGUCCGCCCGCGUUCGCAGCGGUGGACGCUCAGGGGCUCGGGCGCGCACGGCAGGGAACGAUUGUCUGGCGCCGGCUCGCGAAUGUCCCCCCAACCGGACCCGUUCGGGCAGCGGGGUCCCUGGUAGUUUGCGGAGCUCCGCGCGGGGCCUUGGAGGGACCCGCCUUCGGGGGCGUUUUGAUACCAGUCUCCUGGUUCAUGUGUGCAAGAGUUCUCUAGGCUUUAGAUCCAGGAGUGCAACUGCCGGGCUGCUAAGACCUCCGCAGGCCCUCAGUUUUCCAGGAUUUGCCAUAUUGUUUUGCGAGUGCUUUACGUUCGCGCGGCCCGCAUCUGACCCCCCAGUCCGUAGCCGGACACCCUCGCGAACGGUCGUGACGGUGCCGUGGAAGGCUUGGCACGGGAGAGGCGCUCGGACCCUGGCUCUGUGCCGGGAGGGAGCCACUCUAAGCUCCAACUUGAUCCGCUGUAAAAGGAGGUCUCAGCCAGGCUCUCGCCAAAAGAAAUUGCUAAUUGGGAAGCAGCGCCACCUGGUGGGGGACGAGGACAAUGCAAGCAAGCAGAUGUUCUUUCUCACUGACCUAAUUUAGAGAAAAUGGAACGUAAGAAAACAUUUGAGAUUGUAAGCCUGUGCCCCAAACCUUACAGAACGCAGGCAGCUGGCCAUAAAAGUAAUUUGAGCAAUCUCCUCUUUCAGUCAUCGCAUUCAAAGUUUAUUAUAAACCUCUGACACGCACUGAUGGUACCUGACGGUUUCCUCUGCACUCUUCCCCCC